AUCAUUCACAUUCCGAUAAUUCUUGUGCCGUAAACAGUGCGAAAUUGAAAUAGUUAUUUAUUUAACUUGAAUUGAAUUUGCUGCUGCUGCAGUGAGUGUUUAAUUUGUGCAAAAUGAAAACCAAAUACGAGUUCGACGACGAUGUGGCCUCCAUAUGCGAGUCGACGGCUGCGUUGACCGAAGGCUGCCGCCUGUCCGUGCGCAUGCACAAGACCGACGACUGGCCGCUGGCGGAGAUAGUGAGCAUCAAGGAGCUCGACGGACGCCGUCAGUUCUAUGUGCACUACGUGGACUUCAACAAGCGUCUGGAUGAAUGGGUCAAUGAGGAUGAUCUGGACACGCGCAAAGUACAGUUUCCACGUCGCGACGGUCCACAAACAGGCACAAACACAGGCGUCACAACGCCCAAGCGUCAUCAUUCGCUUGCCGGCAGCGUUUCGCGUCCCACAUCGCCGCAGCCUCAGUCGACGCCCGGUGCUGCGUCCGCUGGUGGCGGUGCAGGCGGUGUUGCAGGUAGCGGAAUUGCAGCAGGCAACUCUUUGGGCCACAACAACAGCAGCAACAAUACGGAGUUGGUGAAUAGCAAUAAUGUAUUCGCUGCCGCGCUGCAGAAGCGCUUUAAUCGUCGUCGCAAGCAACACGCUGGCGCAGCACAUUCAGCGCAGCCAGCUGCCCAACAGGCUGCAGCUGCUGCACAACCGCCGCCGCCGUCGUCACAGCUGCAACAACAACAACAGCAGCAGCCGCAGUUGCCACAGACACCGCAAACGCCACAAACUCCGGUUCAUGUCACCGGAGACGCCGCUGGCAUCAUGCCCAGCACCCCGGGACAGGAGGAUGGCUCGCAGGACGGGAAGAUUGCAACGCCACGGCAAUCGGGAAGUAUGGUGACACAUCAGGACGAUGUGGUGACACGCAUGAAGAACGUCGAGAUGAUUGAGCUGGGACGCCAUCGCAUCAAGCCGUGGUAUUUCUCGCCAUAUCCGCAGGAAUUGUGCCAGGAGAGUUGCAUCUACAUCUGUGAAUUCUGUCUCAAGUACUGCAAGAGUCGCAAGUGCUUGGAACGCCAUCUGUCCAAAUGCAAUCUUCGCCAUCCGCCGGGCAAUGAGAUCUAUCGCAAGAAUACGAUUUCAUUCUUUGAGAUCGAUGGACGCAAGAACAAAGUGUAUGCCCAGAAUCUGUGUCUGCUGGCCAAACUGUUUUUGGAUCACAAAACGCUGUACUACGAUACGGAUCCGUUUCUGUUCUACAUUAUGACGGAGUUCGACUCACGGGGCUUUCACAUUGUCGGCUAUUUCUCGAAGGAAAAGGAGAGCACCGAGGAUUACAAUGUGGCGUGCAUUUUGACAAUGCCGCCGUAUCAGCGCAAAGGCUACGGCAAACUGCUCAUCGAAUUCAGCUACGAGUUGUCCAAGUUCGAGGGCAAAACCGGCUCCCCGGAGAAGCCAUUGUCCGACUUGGGACUGCUUUCGUAUCGCUCGUAUUGGGCACAGACCAUCCUGGAGAUACUCAUCAGCCAGAAUCCGAGCACAGACGGCGAGAAGCCGACCAUAACCAUCAACGACAUCUGUGAAUGCACCUCGAUCAAGAAGGAGGACGUCAUCUCGACCCUGCAGAAUCUCAAUCUGAUCAACUACUAUAAGGGACAGUACAUUGUGAGCAUCAAUCGGGAGACCAUCGAACAGCAUCAGCGUGCCAUGCAGAAGCGCAAGAUACGCAUCGAUUCCAAGUGUUUGCAUUGGACUCCCAAGGAUUGGUCCAAGCGCUCCAAGUGAAUUGCGCUGCCUGCUCUCUAAUCUAGAAUUAAUCGACACACACCCACCGAAAGUACAAUAAAUGAUUGCUUGCAUAACCAACGCUUGACUUGGCGACUUCCAUCCAUCAUCAGUCAUUCAGCCAUCAAUC